AAAAUAACAGCCAAACUGAAGUUUGCCUUGUUAGCGCACUCUUCUACACUUCCGCCGCAUACUAGCAACUUAUCAGCAUGAAGUUUACCGCUACAUUUGCUCUUUUCAUCUGCACCUUGAUCGGGAUCGCCACCUCUGUCGUGCCGAUUCCUCAAGUUGAAGAGCUGCUUGUACGCGACGGCGAUGUGGGUUUACCCGAACACCCCGGCGGCAGUUUCUACCAGACUAUAGAAGGUCAGAUUAUCCAUCCGAGCAUCCAUCGGCGAUGUUCAAGCAGCCCACUUGGCGUCACGACUCGAUGUUACCCGUUGAAAGUGGCCCAGCGGGGUUGGGUUGUGUGGCUUCUGCUUUGGGGGUUUGUACUUCGCUGUUCAUGUGCAAUCUCGUUGCUAUUCGCCCGGGAUAAACAGAUAAUUGCCCAUAGCCU